AUGUCACGAACACGACCACCCACAGCUCCAACACCGACCACACCACUCCGUCGAAUUUCGCGUGGCUCACUCAACGCUCUCUCCCAUUCCGCCUCUAAACAGCUCAAUGCCGGGGGAACCCCUCUCUCGUUUCUUCAAGGUGCAAUGACCGAUCUUGCGGAAGAAGUCGGUGUAUUGAAACUCAAUUUGGAGAAUGUCGAAGCGGUGCACGAGAGUCUGCAUAGCUUCAACGAGAACUUUGCGAUGUACAUCUACGGUCUUAAGAUGAACGCGUACUGUGUCGAGUGGCCUGAAGCACCACUGCACGAUAAUUUUGAUAGGGCGGAAAAGAGGAUUGCUCAACAGGCUCAACAGUAUGCAGCACAGCAUAAUUUGGAUUUGGCGCUUUCGUCACAGCCGAUGCAGCAGCAACAUCAGCAGCAGCAGCAGCAGCAGCAACAUCAGCAGCAGCAGCAGCAGCAGCAAGCGUAUAUGGGAAACACGGCGGCGGAUCAAACAUACGUUACGACGGAUGAUGAGAGCAUCUAUCGUAGCGAGGCACCGAUUGCUGCCAAGCCUACGCUCAAGUCCGCGCUGAAGAAGCCGUCCAAUGCUGCUGUGACCACUGCAGUGGCGGCGAAGAAACCGGCAGCAGGAGCAGGAGCGAAGCCAAAGAUGACACUCGCACAGAAGAAGAAACGCGAAGCCUACACCGACGAGAUCAUCGAGACUCUCCCAUUGGAGUACAGGGGCGGAGGAAACGAUCCCAAGCAAAACGCGAUUGCUAAGCACGUAUGCAUGGCCCUUGUCGCUGCAGGCAACAAGGGGUUGAGAAUUGCAGAGAUCGUCAAGAACCCGGAAAUGUCACAAGCAAAGAUCAAUAAGACACUCAUUGCCCUGGUGGCGGCUAAACACGUCGUGAAGACGAGCAAUAACGUAAGUCCAACAACCUACACCGCGGAAGACGCAGGAUGA